CAGCUACCCAGCGCUCGCCCGCGAGAUCGAGAACCACGGAUCUGAGUCUGUGCGAACUGCCCUCCACCAUGUCGAGCACCAGCGACCAGCCGCCUCGGGCAAGCACUACACUUGCGAAAGCUGUGGGCACGUCGGCAACCUCUAAGCGACUUGCGCCUCCUGCUACCGAGCGACAGCUCCGAUCAGCUCUCUAAAUCUACCACCCACUGCAUGCUCUCUGUUCUUGACGGUGCUGCCCUCAUUGUGCUUGCGCCAGGAGGCCGUUCAUGUUCUCGGUGCCCUAAACCCCACGUCGCUUCUGCCGCGACACUUUGCUCGAUUGCAUGGUGCACUCUUUCGCCUCGGAAACGACCUGUCCAAGUAUUUUGCGACAGUCAUUGCUGGCUAUCCAUAUCUUUGUGUGCAGCCGUGAUCUCUGUCAAUGCAGUGUGUUUCAGCAUCCACGGACACACCGCAUCGUCGGAGAGCUCUGGCCGCUUUCUUUCUGAAUGUCAAAUACAAUGCAUAUAUGCUCAUCCCAUUGUCUCAAACACAGCUGUCCCAAACUGCCACAACUCAAGGUCAUAUGCCGAGAGCGGCCGUGAAGUGUAUUGUGCCAACAAAAAUGAUGCGCUCUCAGGAAGGCUCGCUCCAGUUCCCACAUCCGUCGUGGCACAUCCAGGAUCCUUCAUCAUGCAGCAUGUGUCCGCGCCUAAACCAUCGCUGGGUUUACAUCCACCGCAAGCUCGAGAUUGCAGACAGGGCGCAGUGUGAUGGGUGCAGAAGCGCGGAGGGCUCCGCGCCUGCCCCUCCACCAACAAACUAUCUU